AUGGACAACGGUUGUAAGAAACGACUGAACGAGGUGCCUGUCUUUAAGCUGCCCCUCGAACACGGCCUUAGCGAGGCUCAACCUCCCAGGAAGUCCUCCAUGACGAAGUGGCUGCGGACCUUUUCGGAGUCGACCUCCUCACGCCAGAGUCCCAGAACCCAAGGUUACACAGAUGAUGAAAAGGAGGAGUUUUGGGAGGAGCUGGACGAGGAGGUAAGAAAAGUACCAGCUGAAGAGAAACUCUGGGUGGGCGGAGACUUCAAUGGACACGUUGGCAGUGACAACACAGGCAGAGAAGAAACAGUUGGCAGAUAUGUUUACGGUGACAAAAAUGAUGGUGGCGAAGAGCUUGUGGCGUUCGCGAUAAGACACAACCUGUGGAUUGUGAACAGAUUCUACAAGAAAGCCCCAAGACACAAGAUGACCUACCAAAGUGGGGGUUUUCAGUUGCAAAUUGACUACAUCCUCUGCCGCACAAACGACAAAAACACCAAAGACUGUAAGGUCAUUCUAGGUGAAAGCAUCACAAACCAACAUCGGCCAGUCAUCUGCACGCUAAGAGCUGCAGAGUAUAAAGCCCAAAAGAAACAAGGAAUGCCGAAAACCAAAUGGUGGAAAGUGGAAGAAGAAAAAUCAAAAAGGGAAGCAAAGAGAGCAGUAGUAGUGGCGAAAGCAAGAGCGUAUGAGCGGCUAUAUGAAGACCUGGAUACUGCAGAGGGCAUGAAAAAGGUAUUGAGGAUGGCGAAGCAGAAGGAUAAGAACUCUAAGGAUAUCUAUCAGAGGAAACUGAUGAAGAGUGAGGAAGGAAAUGUGCUGACGAAAAAUGAAGAGAUCCUGGAAAGGUAG